AUGGCGUACAAGCAGAAUACCUACUGGAAAAAUGUCCUCACGAUCGUGCCGAUCGUUGGGGCCGGUGUGGCUACCAUCACGUAUCUGUUGCGUCUGUACUCCCGACGCCUGACAGCUGCGGGGUUCUUCCUCGAAGACUUACUGAUGGGCAUUGGGUUGAUCAUUUCCUACUGCGCUACCGCGUUUGUCGUCGAGACUGCCUUCAACGGUGUCGGUGUACCCCUGAAAAGCCUGCCGCAUGAUGAGCGGUAUCGCAUUCAAUUUAAAUUUUGGGCUCCGUCCAUGGCCUUUGUCAAGAUCUCCAUCAUCGUCUUCCUUAAGCGUCUCCUAGGGUCUGUCCGGCUAUAUGCCAUCAUCUCCAACUGUCUGAUCGCCUUCAUCGCCGUCUGGGCCCUUACCGCCGUCCUGGUCAACACGUUCCAAUGCACGCCGGUACAAUACUACUAUGACAAGUCGUUGAAUGGACACUGCAUGAAGGGACAGGUGCAGUUCUUCCAGGCCAUGGGAUCGAUUGCCUUGGUCGAGGACGUCUUCAUCCUGUGUCUACCGAUUCCUAUUGUCUGGGGGCUGCAGAUCACCCUUCGGCAGAAGAUGGCCUUGACCGUAGUAUUUUCUCUCGGUGGAUUGGUCUGCAUCUUCAGUCUCAUGCGCCUGAUCGAAUUCCGCCACUUCGUCGUCACCGAUCUUGCGUCCUCCAGCGCCAAAGAAUCCAUCUGGACCUCCCUCGAACUCGACGUCGCCAUCAUCUGCGGCUGCCUCCCACUCCUCAAACCCCUCGUGCAAGGCUUCCUCGGCAAAGUCAAAAGCGGUGUCUCGAAAGGCUACUCGCAGCCUUCGGCCGGGUCCAAACUUCCCUUUCCCGCGUCCAGGACAAACAAUGACGGGUUCCAGCCGAUCGAUGAUCCGAAUGGGACACUGGCGUCGGCGGCAUCGAAGACGUUUCAUGUGGCGACUACGCCGAGCCAGAAUAGCUCGGAUGUGGAGCUGCAGGGGAUCACGGUGCAUACGAGUAUCCGGCAGGAUGUAGAUGGGCGGUCGGAUGUGGGGAGUACGGGUCCGGUAUUGAAUCGGGAGUGGAGGCAGUAA